CAAAAGGCAGCAACAGCCAAGAGUUUUAAUAGUUUUAAUGAUGUGGUCAAAAUGGCUGAAUCAUUUCACAAUAAAAGCUCUACGAGUACGAGUCUUCAUUCAACCUUGUCUGAGCAGUCACUGGCUAAUGUUAAGCCCAAAACUCCAGUCUGCAGCCUAAACAACAAAGAGUUUGAAAUCAGUCCAUUUAAACCAUUGGUAAAUGACAGUGCAAUUAAAAAGAAAGUAAGUAUGGUGAUAAGCAGACUGGAAGAUGAUGAUGACAUCACUCCUACGGCGACUAUAGCAAAGGGCAUGAAGUCGACACACCAUGUAGAAAGAGGCUUAAGCAAGGAUUCUGGAUUUAAUGAUGCCCAAAGUGAUUCUGCAGGGAGCAGUGAACCAACAUUUACUACCAUUAGAAACAGGGAUACUACAAUUUCCCCUGGGAAUGCUGAAAAACAGUCAGUAAAGAGCAAUGGUGUGGCAACCAUUGUUGAGGCUCAAACUGCUAACAGUGGCGAGGAGGUACACAUCUCCUUUGAUGAGAGCGAUGGGGAGGUUGAUGUUGUUACUGAGGAUGUACAAGUUGAAAAUCAUGAAAACAAUAAGACUGGUGGUGAAGAUAACGACGACUAUGUUGACAAAAACAAUAAUUUGAAUACAAAAGCAAAAGAUGAGACUAUAGCAAAGAGCCUCGAUAGCUCAACAGAGUUGAGUACAGAACAGGUCAGUCAAAAGGCAAAUCCUUGUUUCCAAAACUUCUUUGCCUCAUAAGCAUAUACCUUGCCCAAAUUGUUCAAAAGUUUUUAUUAAAUAGUUCUAUCAUGAAACCAGACAAGUUUUUACAAAGUAAUUCUAUUGGUCAGUACAUGUUCUUUAUUCUUACUACAUUAUACAUUUGUAAAGUCUAUGGAUAUUAAAAGCUGAAUGGUUUCUUACAAUGUUGGACCGCAAAUAGCUAAAACACUCAGUGCUUAAACUUUGGUUAUUAUUAUUAUUCUGACAUGUCACUUUAUGUGUAGUAAACACAUUUGAACAUUACAUCAUUUCUCCCUAGUCCAUUAUUUUUUACUGUAACAUAAAGGGCAAGAAAUAUAAUAAUAAUGGGAAGAAAGAAAGCUGUGUUUUCUUGUCCGGAUUGGUGUUAUACAUACACAUUCAGUUAACUGUUACUUUUUAAAUAUGCCAUAAAUGCAGACAGCUUACAUGUAUCAAAUUAUAAUUACUAGAAGUAAGGCCUUCAUUUUUUUUGUACUUAUACUCGCAUUUACAUUUCGUCUUUAGCAGCAUAAGUUACCCAGGCUGAAUGUCCUUAAGCUUUGGUCGAUUAAAGCAGUUAAGACUCGUACACACAUGGGAAUUAUUGUUGAAGGUCAGAGAAGGUGAGACUCUGUUUUCUAUGGCGUGACCAAUACUUACUUAAUACUGACCAAUCCUCACUCAAUACUGACCAAUGCAUACUCAAUACUGCCAUAUUAUCACUGUUGUGCUAUCGUGAUCAUUGCCUUUGUCUCCUUUGUUCAGAAGAUUCAUGCUUCUUCUAUUUCUAUUAGUCAAAAUUUUUGUUUUGUACCUUGUGGGUUUUAAAUAAGUUUGGUCACCCUGUCUAAUAGUGCAAAACAAAUCAUUUAUAAACCAGCCUGUUUUUGUAAGGUUUUAAAUAAUCUGUGAAAUGUAAAUCUCUGCUUUAAGUGAACUGUUUUACUUUGGCAGCAUACCUAACUGCAGUGCCUUUUCAUGUCAGUAUUAAAAAACAAUCAUAUUUUGCUGAUUAGUGAGGACCCAGAAGGUGAACUAUGGCAUAGCACAGCUAUAGUAUCAAGAGUGAAUGCUAAACUACUGCAGACAAAAAGUGGAUCUCAGUACAGGCUUGUGGGGCCUAUAAAUGAAACAGUCACCCUCCAACAAGGUAUAUACUUUGCUCAGUAUUUUGCUAAAAAUAUACUCUUCUUAUUAUACAAACACCAGUGAUAUAUCAGGUGAGCUUUUGCGCAAAAACAUGAUAUCUUCACGCAUGAAAAUAACCUGUUCUUCGCAUGUGAAAAGAUCACCUUUGCAAUGGCUACAUAAUAAUUCACACCUUUCACAGCAAAAAACUCUCGAAGUGAAAUGGUUUGGUUUAUCAUUGGCAAUUAUGUAGUAAAUAGAACAUUACAUGGUCACUCUUCUCUCGUUGAAAUUAAAAUAUUUCACUCAUUAAGAGGUCACUCAUAAAAUAAUAUUAUAUAGUCAACACUCAAAGAGAAAUUUCGUAUCUCCCUGCAGCCAUGUAACAACAUUACUUCUAUUUAUCAUUGUUAAUAUAAAUAACUACCUAAGCCUUCAACAUAGUAAUGAUAUUUUGGUACAGAAAAAAAGAACAGAGAAAUGUUAAUAUUCUAUUAUUUUUCAGGAUUUUCUUCUGAAUUUGUGAAAUCAUUUAAGUAUGGCUUCCCUUCAAACUGGCUUUCACUUGUUAGUGACCAUUUCAAUUCUCAAAGCAGGUUAGUGUUUGUUAUUUGUUUUGAAAGGAGUUGGAAAGAUACCUGUGACACUGGACAUCUGAGCCUCUGUAUGGGUAUUUACGACAAAGUCAAAGUCGCGACAAUCGCCAUUCAUGAAGUGACAAUCUUAGAGAUUAAAACAACCAUUGCAUUACCAUUUCAAUCAAGUUUGUUAGUCAUGCAAUGACAGCAAAGAAACCCACAAAAAAGUGCACUGCAAGUUCAGUGUUUUAGUUUUGCCUAUUUUUUCUUUUCUGUCCUUGAUGUGGUUAUGCUGAGCUUACUAGUAGCAUUACCAUGCAAAAAAUUCUCGAUGUACAACAGUUUCGCCUAAAAACCAACUAUUUGAUGGAAAACGUGCAACGAAAUCAAUGUCUGCAGGUACCCAUACAGAAGUUCACGUCUACAUUUUCGAACAAAUCCAAAACAGUGUUACAAUCCUGACUGAAAUCCUACAUUUCAGCUCUGAAAGUGAAGAUGAGAAAUCUGUUCCUGACCAACUUGUUAAAAAAGAGACAAGACCCACCUCAAAAAAGAUUAAGCAUUCCAAAACCACUGCUACUCCUCCUGAAUCCAAGGUUAAGAUAAAAGGAAAAGAUACAGGUAAAGCAAUAUGCAGAAUAAAAUUUACAUCUCAUCCUUCCUUUUUGUGUUUGUUUUUAUAUUGAAGCAAUGCUUUAAUUAUCAAAUUUAAAACGCGAGGCACAGCUUUUGAUUAAGCAUAGACUCUGCGUUUUCUAGCUUCAAACACUUCUUAUGUAAAUUUUGUUACUCUUGCACAGAGUUGGGCUUGUUUUGAUCAAGAAGAUUAGACAUAAAAGUUUAGCUGUUUCUGCGUAAGAUAGAAAGACACCUACCAAACACUAUCUUUCUUGGUAGUUUUUUAAUAUGAAUUUUCAAAAUUUUCACACUAAAAGACAAGAGUUAACUCGUAAGCUGUAAAAUCAAGCUACAUAUAUCAUUUUAACAGAGUUCAAAUUAUUCAUUCCAGAUCUCUCUUUGGCUAAACAUAGGUAAUUGGACACAAAGAACUUGCUACAGUAAAUAUUCUUCUGUACACAUCAAUCACAGAAUCUUGAAAUGUUCAUGUAUUAACAUUUUUUGCCAACUUAUGUUAAGCUUUGAAGACCCCAGUAAACAGAAAACUGCCAAAAGAAGUGGAACUAAAGGUAAGGCAAGGAUGUUCCUUUUUUUUAAAGAUAUUCUUUGGUAAAUGAAGUUAUUACUGAUGUGAGAUAAACAAAAAAGUUUGAUUAAAAAAUUUAAAAGAUUUGCAGUGUACUCUUUGAUGUGACAGUAGUUUCAAUGACACUUUAUAGUACAUGUAUUAUAGGUGAGGUGUGAUAGCGAGCUGAGUAAGGCUGUCUUUCAGCAGCAUGUGGCCCCUGGUGCUAACUUUUCCUCCCAGGCGACCAGAAAAACUUACCUUUUUGAAUAGAAAUCAUAUGCUGGGCACCCCGAAUUUCACAGGUUCAGAGCAUUGGGCUCUCUUCAAUUUUUCUUAGAGCACAGCCUUGCUGAGAUACCAGCAAGUGGCAGUUUGAGACAACAUGAGUAAGCAUUACGUAUGAACAACACUCUGCAGCCUGGUCACCACAAGGCAAAAUGUCAGGUGCUGUGGGCUGCCAGGAACUGCUGUAUAGGGAUAUCUGUAAGAGCCGGCUGCCAUCUUAUUUCACCAACUGAAUCACAACUUACAACUGGCCCAAAUUGCUCGAAAAAACAAAGUCAUGGUGGACAUAACACAACAUCGCAUUGGUUUGAUUCCCAUUAGUGACUUUCUUUUGCUGCAAGUUGGGGAGCAAGGGAUUGCAUAGUGGUGAGAGCGCUUGCCUCCCACCAAUGUGGCCUGGAUUCAAAUCCUGGCAUCAAUGCCAUUGGUGGGUUAAGUUUGUUGUUGGUUCUCUCCUUUGCUCCAAGAGGUUUUCCUCUAGGUACUCCAGUUUUCCCCUCUCCUCAAAAACCAACAUUUCCAAAUUCCAAUUCGACCAGGAAUCAUUACUUAUGAUUUAUUUAAUUCUCCUACAGACAACAAGAAGUGGUCGAAUGGUGAAACCACCUUUAGCUUGGUGGAGAGGGCAGAGAAUUCUCACUGACAGGCACCACAAUUUAGAAGGUAUCGACCCUGGAGGAGAAGAACACACACCUAUCUCUCCUAUGUACAGUGUGGACUUCAAGCUGCCAUUAAAGGUAAGAUUACCUCCAUCGCUUUAA